AUGAGGAUUGAGGAAGUGAGCUCGACGACGAAAAAGCAACGAGUUGCAACACACACGCACAUCAAAGGGCUUGGCUUGGCAGAGGACGGCACUGCCAUCCCCUUGGCAGCAGGCUUUGUGGGUCAGGAGCAGGCGAGGGAGGCAUGUGGACUAGUUGUGGAGAUGAUCCAACUGAAGAAGAUGGCGGGCAGAGCGCUGCUUCUAGCAGGGGCGCCGGGAACAGGGAAGACAGCGCUGGCGCUAGGGAUUGCGCAGGAGCUGGGCAAGAAGGUGCCCUUCUGCCCAAUGGUGGGCUCCGAGGUGUACUCCUCAGAAGUGAAGAAGACAGAGGUCCUCAUGGAACACUUCAGAAGAGCUAUCGGGCUGAGGAUAAAGGAGAACAAGGAGGUGUAUGAGGGAGAAGUGACAGAGCUGACGCCAGAGGAGGCGCAGAGCCAGACCGGCGGCUAUGGCAAGGUCAUCUCGCACGUUGUCAUCGGUCUCAAAACUGUCAAGGGCACCAAGCAGCUGAAGCUUGACCCCACCAUCUAUGACAGCUUGCAGAAGGAGAGGGUGAGUCCAGGGGAUGUGAUAUACAUAGAAGCCAACAGCGGCGCAGUGAAGCGGGUGGGUCGCUGUGACGCCUACUCCACAGAGUUUGACCUGGAAGCAGAGGAGUAUGUGCCACUCCCCAAGGGGGAGGUGCACAAGAAGAAGGAGAUAGUGCAGGACGUGACUCUGCACGAUCUGGACUCGGCCAAUGCGCGGCCGCAGGGGGGCACCGACGUCAUGUCCAUGGUGGGCCAGAUGCUGAAGCCCAAGAAGACCGAGAUCACCGACAAGCUGCGCCAGGAGAUCAACAAGGUGGUGAACCGGUACAUAGACCAGGGGGUGGCUGAGCUGGUGCCUGGGGUGCUGUUCAUAGACGAGGUGCACAUGCUAGACAUCGAGUGCUUUACCUACCUCAACCGCGCCCUCGAAUCCUCCCUCGCCCCCAUCGUCGUCUUCGCCACCAAUCGCGGAAUCUGCCAGAUCCGUGGAACAGACAUGUCGGCGCCUCAUGGCGUCCCGGUGGAUCUACUGGACCGCUUAGUCAUCAUCCGCACGCUGCCCUACACUCUGACGGAGAUGGUCCAGAUCCUGGCCAUCCGUGCGCAGGUGGAGAGCAUUGAAAUGGAGGAGGAGGCCUUAGCAGCAUUGGGGGAGAUCGGGGAAUCUGCAUCGCUUCGGCACGCGGUGCAGCUGCUCUCACCGGCGCACGUUCUCGCAAAGUCCAGCGGGCGGGAUGCCAUAACGUCGGGUGACGUGGCGGAGGUGCACAGCCUGUUCCACGACGCCAAAUUCACUGCGCAGCUGCUUGCCGAGCAGGCCGACAAGUACAUCCAGUGA